AUGGCACGGGACGGUGACUUGCCUACUAUUUUUAACCCAAAGCGAGUGCGCGCUCCUUCUGUGAUAAUAACAAGUGAAGAAGUGGAAAAUGAAAGAGGUGGUGGUGAUGGGGACAGGGAUCGUCCGAAUGGACCGCCGACGCCUUUGAGUCCUCGGGCUCCGCUAACUCCUCAAGCCUCCGUGUGCUCUGCGCCUCCACUGACUACACAGCCGUCACUGCAGCAGGCGUACAGUGAAUCGGCCACCAGCAGUCAGGAUGAGGAGCGUCAGUUGCGUGAUAAGAAAUGCCCCCGAUCUUGUUGCUCAAAAUUCGCCAAGAAGAUAUACUAUGGUAUUUGUGUAAUGUUAACAUUAACUGCCAGCUGGGUUACAUCUACCCACUGCAUUAAGCACAUGUAUCUUGAAGAGUAUCCCCCAACCACUCACGGCAUGGUUUACAGUACUGAGUCAUCCCCUAUGGUCAACAACUUUACUAGACAUCAUUCACAUAAUCUCUACAAUGCACCAUUUUUCACAGCAUGGUUCUGCACUAACUGGUUGAUAUUAUUUUACCCCCUGUAUCUGAUAGUAAUGCUCAUACAUAACAAGUGUAAGUCUGCCAAUGAUAUUGUGUUUGAUGCCUUCAGCGAUUUUAAGGAGAAAGGAUUUACUUUUGCACGAUUCAUAAGCCGAUGUGGUCUGUUCUGUCUACUGUGGACAGUCACAAUCUACAUGUACACUUAUGCACUGAAGAUCUUACUCUCCACUGAUGUGAUGGCACUGUUUGCUACCAAUGUGUCAUGCAUCUAUCUCCUGUCAUGGGUCAUACUACAUGAACAGUUUGUUGGAGUCAGGAUCGUAGCAGCUAUACUAUGCGACACCGGUAUAGCAUUACUAGCGUACAUGGACGGGAUCACAGGCAGCUCAACCCUAGGAGGAGUGGUGUUAGCGGCGUGCGCCGCUGCAGGGUUCGCCAUAUUCAGGGUGUUGUUCAGAAAAGUGAUGGGUGACGUGAACUCUGGUCAGCGCGCCCUGUUCUUCUCUAUUCUGGGCAUUGUGAACGCGUCCCUUCUGUGGCCUCUCUGCCUCGCACUCUACCUCACCGGCUCCGAGAUGUUGCCCUCCCACCGCAUGCCUUGGAUUUAUCUGCUCGUUGCUAGUAUUUCGUUGCUCAUUUUCCACCUCGUGUUUCAGUUCGGCAAUAUCAUCACAUACAAUAUCUUUGUUUCACUCGCUCUUAUUACCGCAGUCCCGGUUUCGGCAGCAUUGGACGUGGUCCUGUAUGGAGUACAGUUUGAGGGCAUGAAUCUCGCUGGUCUGAUACUAAUCGGCGUCGGCUUCUUCUUGGUCAUGUUUCCGGACAACUGGCCUGAUUACAUCAUGAGGCUUUUGAGAUGGAGCCGUAGUCGCAAACGGGGCAAUAACGGCACGGGCCGCAACCGCGACGCCAUGGACUACCGCACGGGCUACAUACGGUCGCACCUGCGCUCCCCGUCCGGCCGCGUCAGGUGA